CCCACAUUGGAAGCCGUGAUAGCCAUAGUGAUCGUUGAGUUGACGGGGAACGUAAAUACGUGAAUCUCACCUUCAGGAAAUGCCUGACUUCCGGUCAGAAUCUUGUGAGGUGAGAUAAGUCUUCUGAGUGAAAAGUGCGCAUGUCAGCAGAGGCUGAGGGAACAGCAGCCCGGUCGUUUUUUUUUAUUAUUUUUUUAUUUUUUAAAAACUUCUUUCUAAAGUUUUAGUCUAAUUUAGUUUGUCUUCAAAUAAGAUGGCAUUUCCAUUGCCACCAUCUGUUGUUUUGGUGUUUGUUUUCAUCGCAUCAGAAGUGAUCCUCUGUUCAGGUAGCAAUAAAUGUGUUGCCAGAAACUUUGGCCAUGACUCCGUUGUGUGUGAAUGUAAUUCUACCUACUGCGACAGUGUUGGGUUGGCCACCCUUCCUCCACUCGGCCAUUAUUCCUCCUACCUGAGCAGUAUAGCAGGCAGCAGGUUGGAGGCCAACCAGGGUCAGGUGCAAGUAAACACAACUGGAGCAGGCCUCAGGUUGACAAUCGUUCCCUACCAGAAGUAUCAGAGGAUCAGGGGAUUUGGUGGAGCAAUGACAGAUGCAGCAGCCAUCAACAUAUUCUCUCUUUCUGAUGGUGCACGAGAGCAGCUGCUGCGCCAGUACUUCUCAAAUGAAGGUAUUGGCUACAGUAUUGUGCGUGUCCCCAUGGCCAGCUGUGACUUCUCAACCCGCCUUUACACUUACGCUGACAAACCUGGAGACUACAACCUCAGCAGUUUCACUUUGGCCCCUGAGGACAUGAAAAUGAAGAUCCCUCUCCUGCAGCAAGCCCAGGCCAUGUCUCCUAAUUCCCUCUCCCUGCUGGCCAGUGCCUGGAGCGCCCCUGCCUGGAUGAAAACCAAUAAUGCACUCACAGGAAAGGGCUCCUUGAAGGGCCAGCCAGGGGGAAAGGAGCAUAAAACAUGGGCUCAGUACUAUAUAAGGUUCCUAGAGGAAUAUGCUAAAUAUAACUUGACCUUCUGGGCAGUGACUACAGGAAAUGAGCCCUCUGCAGGAUAUAUGACAAACUACAGUUUCCAGGCUCUGGGAUUCACUCCUGAGGAGCAGAGGGACUGGGUGGCUAUGGACUUGGGCCCUGCCAUGCAUGCCUCAUCAUUCCCCCACACACACAUCCUCAUACUGGAUGACAACCGCCUGCUGCUUCCCCACUGGGCCAGAGUGGUCUUAAGUGAUGUUCAUGCAGGGCGAUACAUUCAUGGUGUGGCUGUCCACUGGUACCUGGACAGUCUUGUCCCUGCUGAGAUAAGCUUGGGAGUCACCCAUCAUCUCUACCCGGAGUAUUACCUGUUUGGCACUGAGGCAUGUGCUGGCUGGAACCCUCUAGACAGGGGUGUGAAGCUGGGAAGCUGGGACAGGGCUGAACAGUAUGCCCAUGACAUUAUAGAGGACUUAAAUCAUUACAUGGUGGGCUGGACUGAUUGGAACCUUGCACUGGACCAAACUGGUGGGCCAAACUGGGUUAAAAACUUUGUGGACAGCCCUGUUAUAGUGGAUGCAAAGCUCGAUGUUUUCUACAAGCAGCCAAGUUUUUAUAGCAUGGCCCACUUCAGUAAGUUCUUGUGGGAAGGGUCUCAGAGGGUGGGGGUGUCUGCCAGUAAAGAAACAAAGCUGGAAUUCUCUGCCUUCAUCAGACCAGAUGACUCAGUGGUGCUCAUCAUACUAAACAGAUCACCAUCAGAGAUCCAAUUUGAAGUCUGGGAUCCUGCAGCGGGGUACAUUCCCUGCACUGCUCCGGCUCAUUCACUGCUCACACUUGCUUGGAACACACACUGAGCUUUAACACAAAUUCACAUACUGAACAUUUGUCUGCACAUUUCACAUGCAAGCCAAAGUUAAAAAAAAAAAAAAAAAUCAUACUAAAAUAAUCCAAUUUCCAAAACAAACCCCCCUUUUUUAAACAACUGAUGCAAUUUCCUGAGUUAAAUGUUAAAUGUCUGCGUGACUGUGACCUUUGGUUAAAGUACUACAGACAGUACAUCAACUAUAAUAUUAGUUUCCACCUUUUCAGAGAGCCUAUAAUUUAGGCCUCUGCAGAGUCUGCCUCUUUUGAGAUUGUUAGUACUCAAUCACCCUUUAAACAAAUUAAUACCACGAGCAUACAGUAAAUAGCCUGAGGCUGACAAUACCACACACAGUAGGCCAAUCUGAUUUCCACACACCAAACUAAAAAUGCUAGUCAAGUAUUUUUCUAAUGCUUAAUAUUUUCCUUAUUGGCAGUUUAGCAAUGGCCAGUGAAUGUUUCCUCUUUUAGGUGCAAUCUUGACCAGUCAUGUGUUGAACUGGCAGAACAAGAGAUUUGCAACAGCCAGCUGGCUGGUUAAUGACCCAAAACAUGUUGUUCUAACUUCCACUAUCAUGUCCAUAUUAUAGGACACACACAAAAA